AUGUCUGAAGACAAGACUACUACCACCACUUCUACAACCUCGAGACAACGGCCCGGGUCAGCAUGUGAAGAGUGUCGACGGAGGAAGUUGAGGUGCGAUAGACAGCCACAAUGUGGUAACUGUGUCGAAGCCGGAGUUGUGUGUACGACGACCACUGUUAGGCCUGCCAGAGGACCGAAGAAGGGCCAUCUUAAAGCCUUAAAAGGCCGAAUAGCAACACUUGAACGAUGUAUUAUGGAGCAACAAGGUGGUAUCUCAUUGCCACUUAGCGAUGGGUCAUUAUCACCAGAAAAUACACAACCAUGUAGUCCGGACGGAGACAAUACGGACAAAUCACUUGAGAGACGAACGUCACUUGCAUCUAUUUCGUCGUCAAUUCAAGUACCAUAUGUUAUUCCAGAGCUUGUCAAAGCCGAUUUGGAUCAAUUAUAUUUCGAAAGGGUCCAUCCACUUAUUCCUGUGCUACAAAGAACUCGGUAUUUCACGUGGGCCAAAGGCCCAUCAAAAUCAGAUUCACGAAUCGCUUUACAAUACGCCAUGUGGACACUGGCGGCUUCCUUGUCAACCCACUGCCAGAGCAUCCGCGACUCUCUAUAUGCUCACACCAAAAGGAUGCUCGAGAUCAUUGAGUCAAAGGAUAAUGAAAUGGACUUCUUUGAUAUAGAACAAGCCCAAGCGUGGCUAUUACUAGCAAUAUAUCAGUUUAUGCGAAGUACUUAUCGAAAAGGAUGGCUGAGCGCUGGACGCUUGUUCCGACUCAUUCAAAUGAUGCGCCUGUAUGAGAUUGAUAGUCCAAAUGAGUUGGCCACUCAACUGAUUGAACCAGACUGGGUAGAAGUGGAGGAGAAAAGACGAACCUUCUGGAUGGCAUACACACUGGAUAGAUUUGCGAAUAUUCGCAAAGGGUGGCCUAUCACAUUAACAGAGCACGUUUUGACUCGUCUUCCCAUGCCGGAGGCUGAGUUCCAGAGCGGACAGCCCAUCAACGUAGGGUUUCUUUCAGAUUCACUUGCGGGUAACGACUUUAUCACUACACCGCAAUCAUCUUUUUCAGAAUGCAUUAUUCUUGCUACUAUAUGCGGUCGCAGUUUAUCUCAUCGACAUCUUUCUAUGGUAGAUGGUGUGUAUGGAAGCAACCCGCAAGAGUUCUGGGGUCGACAUGAGUGGAUUGACUCUGCUCUUGCGACAAGAAUUUCCAUGCUAUCCUUGACGUACCCGUUUCAGUCUGAGCAGAUGGAUCCAAUGCUUUUGUUCACCAAGAUGAUCGCGCAAACAACAAUAUUAUGUCUUCACAAGAUAAUAGAGUCUGCAUCAUGGGACUCUCCUGAAUACAACAGUCUUAUUCUGGAAUACGAGCAGCGAUCCCGAAUGGCAGCAAAAGAAACUGUCGAGUUGGCCAAGGAGCUAACACAUUUGAGUUACUUCAAGGUCCACCCCUUCACACCAAUCCCACUCUGCAUUUGCGCCGAAUUUCUCAACUCAAGGGAUCGAGACAUCGAUCCAUCCGUCAACGCACAACUACAGGAGGUACUUAAUGCACUCCAAUACUUGAAAAAUGUCAACACACUCGCAAGCGAGAACCCCACGCUCCCUUUCUGGAUUGAUUUGAAUAUGGAUAACUUUGCUGUUGAUGCUGCUGUGAAAGUUUAG